AUAUUAUGUAAUAGGCAAAUACAUUUAAUAAUUUUAUCAGCCCACUCCGGAGAGAUUUCUAUAGGUUUCCAGAGAAUGCGAAAUUUAGCAUUGAUGAUGCCAAAUGCACAUUCUACCGUCCUCCUUGCUCUUGAAAGCCGCAUAUUAAAAUACUCUCUAUCAACAUCCAAAUUGCUUCUGUUGUAAGGUUUAAGCAGAUUUCUCAAUAAUGGAUACGCUUCAUCCCCAAUAAACACAUGAGGAGCUACAACUGCGCUUGAAGGUAAAACACUAUCUGGGGGAACGUUCAGACGUCCAGUAUCUAACAAAUGAAACAAGGAGGAAGAACGGAAAGUACCCCCAUCACUCUGCUUUCCGUAUCCCCCAACGUCAAUUGUAACAAACUUGCGUCAGCGACUGCUUGAAGUACAAUGGAGAAAUAAUUCUUAUAAUUAUAGUACAUACUUCCCGAGUGAUGAGGACAUUUUAUUCGAAUGUGCUUCCCGUCGAUAGCUCCUAGACAGUUAGGGAAAUUCCAUUUAUCAUAGAAUUCUUUGGCAAUUUGUGUAAACUGUUGUUCGGUGGGAAUUUUCAUAUGUACAGGCUGUAAUGAUUCCCAAAUUACUACCACUGUUUCUCGAACAGUUGAGGAAACUGUUGAAGCUCCUACUCGAUAGGUGAAUCCCAGGCUUUUAAAUGAGGAGCCUGUGGCUAAAUAUCUGGAAAGAGAAAAACUAGUCGUUCAACUUAAUUAUCUUUUGUGACAAAAUAUAUAGUUGUUUUUUUUAUUGUAGUGACGCUACAACGCAAAUUUUAUGCAUUAAUUAGCUAAAGUGUCAUACUACGAUUGUACAGAAUUUUGACUUCCACUUCGUUCCAGAAGAAAAGUGUACACAAAAUUUGGCUGUGUUAAUUCCAUUGAUAGAGAAUAAAGAAGCACUGUACAUUAAUGCUUAAAUAUUUUAUUUUAAGAAAUGUUGUGAGAGGCAAAUGGAAAACGCUUCGGGACAAUUUUCGUAAAGAGAUGAAAAAAAUACCGGCGAAACGGUCUGGAGACGGGGCUGCUCAAUCAACUGUUUCAUCUUGGCAAUAUUUCGACAGCCUAUGUUUUUUGAGAGAUCAGUUUACUGUACGAUCCAGUGGUGGUAAUUUACCUAAUGAAAUGGCCGAUACCAUUUUUAAUGAAGAUACUGAGACUGAAGUUGAUGAUUACGAAAAAUCUGUAAAUGAAAGCCAGUUACCUUUAGAAAACGAAAAUAUAUCGGCCACGACCCCCGGCGCGACUCUCACUAAGCCUAGCAAAGUGAGAAAACAACAAAACGAUAAAGAUAUCGGCACGGCCCUUGUUAGAAUUGAGGAAACUAAAUUAAAAAUGUUACAAAAUCAGCAAGUAAGAACCGUCGAUGAAGAUUCAAACUUUUUUGAUAGCUUACUUCCUCAUGUUAGAACACUUCCACCGCGCAAAAAAUGCUAUUGAGAAUGAAAAUGCAGGAGCUGGUCUACAAUUUCGUUUACGGAGGUGAAUCAAAUCCUUCGCAAAAUCAGUACCAAAACUCUUCAGAAGUUUUAUGCAGCACAGGAGCCUAUGGCCUACCAUGUUACGGAGUUGCAAACUAUAUCCCAGGAAUAUUCAAAUCCCACCUCUGUUGCCUCCUAUCUAAGCAGUUUCUCCGAUGAAACUCUUCACUAGCUUUACAGUAUUUACUAAUUAUAUAAGUUUGAAUAUUUGGUGUACCUACUUACCUCAAAGUAAUCGUAAGACGUUCUGUAGGACUUAUAGGAUUUAAAUUAAAAUUUGUCCAGUUCUUUAAUAGCUUAUUUUCUAUUCUCCCCAAAAUGUAGUCAAAUGUUGCAAUACUCAUUCGGAAAUAAGCAUGGAACUUUGCUGGAUGUUCUCGCAACUCACUGUAUAGGUGGUGAAAUUCACCAAGUGUAUGCCUACUACGGUUUAUCUCAUGUACUCUACAGCUUCUGGGCUUUUUCUUAUUUUUAAGCAAGAAUCUUCAAUUAACAAUUCCAUCUCGUUGAAAGACACUCGCUUAUAAACUCGUCAGUAUAUGCCACCUUCACUUUCAUAAACUCGCUGUUCCGUUUACUCGUUGCUCGCCGCUCUCAUCGCUGCUUUGCUCUCCGCUCCACUAUGUGCUUAGCCUUCCCGGCCGCGCCUAACAAAGAAGACCUACAGAUAAGUUCAAUAUUUAAGCCUGGUUUACAUUGGUAUAAUUAGUAGUAGAGUUCACUAGCAUACUUUUUUCCUGAAAUACUCUACUAUGCUCAUUUUGGUAGAGUAACUGUAUUUACUUUUGCUAGUAAUUUGAAAAGAUAGUUCGAUUUAACAUGUGUAAUAAUGAACAAGCAGGGUAGGCAAAAAUAUCGAGCCGUUUUAAAAAAAUGUUUAGUGCAAGCUGCAGAUAUUUUAUUAAAUGAAAUUGAGGAAGUUAUAGAGGAAGAAACUAGUAAACAAAAAAGAAUUUGGGUAAGGGAUUGGAUUAAAAGACGUGAUAAAUUGGGAGCAUCUGCCAAUCUUUUAAGAGAACUGGCUUUGGAAGACCCAGUGGAAUAUAGAAUGUGCUUGAGAAUGACACCUGAUAGUUUUGAAACACUGCUGAAUUUAAUUAAGCCGCAUAUUCAGAAAAUGGACACAUUCAUGCGGGAUGCAAUACCAGCACGUGUUAAAUUAGAAAUUACUUUAAAUUUUCUGGCCACAGGCAAUAGUUAUCGUAGUUUACAACACCUCUUUCGAGUCUCAAAACCAGCAAUAAGUAAUUUUAUUCCUGCAGUAUGUGAAGCAAUGAACGAAGCCUUACACGAAUACUUUAAAGUAAGUUUUAAUAAAUAAAUACAAUAAUAUGAGUUAAUUUUAUUAUUCAAAAUGUAUUCCAAGUUUUUUAUUAUUUCAAACAAAUUAUGCUGAUUGCCAAGCUUUAGAAAGUAUGUUACUUAAUGUUUCCUGUCCACUGCUUUCCUUAGAAAAUUGUAAUUGUUGCUCGAAAUGUUCCUCGUUCGGAUAUUGAGAUGAAGUAAAAGUAAAUGUUGGUUCAGGCGGUACUAGUUGGUGAAGCGUACUAUAUUGUUCCUCUUGAGAUUGUCGUGAGUAGAGAUUCCCAUCCAAGAUUACCUGGUCCUCUACGCUGUUAGAAGGAGACGUCAUUGAGUGCUCUUCGUUCAAUGCUUGUGAAUGAAUCUCGGAAGGGGUGUUUACCGCCACGGAAGUCUGUACUGCCUUUAGUCGAUACUUAGUUACCAAAGAUUGUAUUUCGGAUUGCAACAUAACAGAUUCUUGUACUGGCAGCUUAUUGAGACACGCAGUAAUAUAUUGCCCAAAUGCUUCAUUCUCGCUUAUUUGACACUCGGGCUGGUUAUUUAGAUUCUUAUGAACAUUUUUUAAUCCACCGCUGAUCUCAAGUCAUCAAGUUGCCUUUUUUUACCUCUAGAUUUUGGAGUUACAUGUGAUACUGAUUGGGACGAUGCAGUUGAUUGUGCUUGGUCUCGUGAUAAUGUAGUGUUCGCAGAAACUUCAGUAUUUUCAUCCACUGUAUAUUCUGGCCUUCCAUCACUUUCGAGAGCACUCUCUUCAUCCUGGCUUGCCUAAAAAAAAGUGCAUUAAUAAAUUCAUGUCUCAAUAUAAAUCGCUUUAAAAUUAUUAUUUUUUUACUUAUGCAAGGCUGCAAAACAAUUAAUUAGAUUUUUGCUAUUUUUCUUUAAAGUUUCCAUUUAAGUAAAAACAAAAUAGUAUUUUUUUUAAGAUGUAAUAGGAAAACAUAUUUUUCUUUCUGUUUCAGAUGCCAACAACAGAAGAAGAGUGGAAAAUAAUUGCAAAUGGAUUCGAAGAGCAUUGGAAUUUUCCCGGUUGUUGUGGUGCCUUAGACGGGAAACACAUUUUGAUAUUAUGUCCUGGCAACUCUGGAAGCCAGUUUUUUAAUUACAAAGGGUCCUAUAGUGUCGUGCUAAUGGCUCUAGUAGACCAAAACUACUGUUUUACUUAUGUGUGUAUUGGCAGCCAGGGAUCUCAAUCUGAUGGUGGAAUCUUCCAGAAAUGUGCACUUGGAAAUUUGUUGCAAAAUGGAUUGUUGCCUGCAGGAUAUUGCAUUGUUGGCGACGAUGCCUUUCCCUUACGACAUUAUUUGAUGAAACCGUAUAAUAAUUACCGAAGACCGCUGUAUACCAGAGAAAAUUUUUAAUUAUCGUUUAAGCAGAGCUAGAAAAAUAGUGGAAAACAGCUUUGGAAUUUUGGUGAGCAGAUUCCGAAUUUUCGAUAAAAAAAUUAAUUGCAAAUUAGAAACAGUCAAUAAGAUAGUGCUGGCUGCAUGCGCUCUUCACAACUUUUUACGAAAGACCUCACCUGCUAAAUAUUUACCUCGUGGCUCCGUAGAUGAAGAAGAUAUCAUCACCGGCUCCAUAAACCCUGGUCAAUGGAGAGCCGAAAUUACAGAGCUACGUAGGAUGGAAAGAUAUCAUGAGAGACGGAAAACAAACUUGGCAAAUCAAAUUCGAGAUAAUUUAAAAAAUUAUUUCACUAACGAAGGUGCUGUUUCCUGGCAGUACAAGAAUAUUUACUAAAUGAAUAAGUAUGAUAUUUUUACAAUUCGGAAUAUAAUAUGAGAUUUGUUUUUACCAUAGAUUACGUAAUUAGAAACAGUUAUCAACAUUAUAGUCCACACAACAUAACUUUUUUAUAAACAAAUAAAAAUGUUUACUUACUUGACUUUCUGUAUUGCCUAUGUUGUCGUGUGUAGUGCUAGAGCAUUUAACGUUUUUCAUGAAAGAAUCCAUUAAAGCAAACCAUUUAAUAUUCGGAACAUAGACAUCAUUUAUACCGGCACCUGACGUAUUUAAUUUUUUUAUCUUCCCAUUUUCUUGAUUAUAAGUACAUCUCAGAUUUUUAAUUUUUUGUUUUAAUUCGGCAAUACCAAAAUUUUCCUUUGCCAUAUAUUUUACGAUUUCUUCGUAGGCGGCUGAUCUCAUUGCCCUAUUUCUAUAAUUAGGACUGCUGAUAUUCCAUAUACAUUCGUAAUCUUUGUACACUGCCACUAAUUUCAUAGUUUCAUGUUCCGUCGACUUCAUUUUUGUUUAAAAUUUGAGAUAAAAUGUUUAACUAAAAUGACUGAAGCGCACAAGCAGUCCGAAAGACACAGACAAAACCAAACUUGUGUUUGUUUACAUUGGUAUAGUCAACCAACAAACCAGUAGAGUAGAGUACGAUUGUGGAAGUGGGGGGUGGAUAGUCGAGUGUACUAUUCCACACGUGCUAUCCACUUUACUCUCCCCUGGACUAUCUGUAGUACUCUACUGUCACUAGCACAACUUGUUUACAUUAUUCUAGUAGGGGAAUAAUAAGUACUCUACCAUCGAAUUCUACUACUAAUUAUACCAAUGUAAACCUAUCUUUAGGCGCAAAAUACCUGUAAAUACUUCGGGCGUAUACCAUGGUAGACGUUUCGCGAGGUUAUCUCGAAAAAUAAUUUUGUCAGGUCGUAUUUAAUGCGGGCCAUUCACUAGACGGACCUGAACUCGGACGGCAACCGGGACCCGACUGACGACUCAUCCACGUUUGUCAAUACAUUAGACGGAAAUUACACGAACCCUGCAAAAGAGCUCAUUUGUACACUGAAUGUGGCGAACCCAAUAGCAUUAUGUCUCCGAUAUUAUCAAAAAAGGCGAAAAUUGCUUUGGCUGUAGGUACAAUCAUAUUAUUAGAAUCAGAAAAAAAGAAAAAACGUGUUUGGGUGAAAGAAUGGCUGCAAAAGAGAGACCAAUUUACUCAUUUGCGAUUAUUGAAAUGUAUCCAAUCAUGUGAACCACUUGAUGUUAUAAAUUACCUCAGAAUGGACUAUGACUUAUUCAGAGAAGCAGUAAGCGUUGAAGAACGUCUGUUGGCCACCUUGAGGUUUCUGGCAACUGGAAGGAGUUAUGAAGACUUAAAGUUUUCUUGUAUAAUUUCUCCUCAGUUACUUGGAAGAAUAAUUCCAGAAACGUGUCGUGCUAUAUACAACUGCCUCCGGAAGAAAUACUUAUGUUUUCCAUCAAAAGAAGAGGAAUGGCUCAAAGUAGCAGAAGGAUUUAACAAUAUGUGGCAAUUUGAAAAUUGCUUAGGAGCCGUAGACGGCAAACACAUAGCUAUCAAACAGCCCCCAGGAAGUGGUUCACACUAUUAUAACUAUAAAGAAUUGUUCAGUCUUGUGUUGUUUGCUAUCGUAAAUGCUAAUUAUGAAUUUACUUAUGUAAGUUGUGGAACUAAUGGAAGAAUAUCAGACGGGGGGGUCAUUAAGAAAACAGAUUUUUACAAUUUACUGAUAACAGAUUCUUUAAAAUUACCCCAACCAGUCAAUAUGCGAGGAAUUCAAAAUAAAUUACUCUUUGUGUUUAUUGGGGACGAAGCCUUUAGUCUAAUGACAAAUUUCAUGACGCCAUACAGACAAACCAACAGUAUUGGUUAUGAAGAAAAAUGUUUCAACUAUCGUCUUUGCCGUGCCAGGCGCAUAGUAGAAAACGCAUUCGGGAUCAUGGCAAAUAGAUUCAGGAUUUUCCUAACGCCAAUAGCUACUAAAGUUCCAACUGUUCCCAAUGGAUGGAAAAAAAUUGCUAAUUACUACAAUAAUUUAUGGAAUUUUCCGAUGUGUCUUGGCAGUAUGGAUGGCAAACAUAUAAUAAUCCAAUCCCCGAAGUUCAGCGGAAGUGAAUAUAUAAACUAUAAGGGAACUUUCAGUAUUGUUUUGUUCGCUAUAGUCGAUGCCAAUUACAAUUUUAUAUAUGUUUAUAUAGGCUGUCAAGGUCGCAUCUCAGAUGGUGGAGUUUUUAAAAAUAGUGGAUUUGCAAAAGCACUAGAUAAAUCAAUGCUUAAUUUCCCACAACCAACUAUAUUACCUGGCCGACAAAAACCUGUUCCAUACGUUUUGGUGGCAGACGAUGCAUUUCCUCUGUCUGAAAACAUACUUAAGCCUUUUGCGGGGAAUCAGGAUCGUGGGUCAAGGCAGCGGAUAUUUAAUUACCGUCUUAGUAGGGCAAGGCGAGUUGUAGAAAACGCAUUUGGCAUUUUAGCAUCAGUUUUUAGAUGUCUUCGAAAACCUAUGCUUUUAGAACCAGAGAAAGUUGAAAAAAUUACAAUGGCUUGCGUUACUUUGCACAACUUUUUAAGAAGAAAUGCACAAGCAAAAGAUCUCUAUACUCCACCAGGAUCAUUUGAUGCAGAAGAUUUAGAACUUGGGACACUAACUGAAGGGGCCUGGAGAAAAGAUUCGGAAGUGCUUCAAUCAUUUAUGCCUAUAAAAAAAGUGGCAAGAAAAUCCUCAUAUAUAGCUAAAGAAAUUCGAGACGAAUUUAGUGAAUACUUUGUGUCGGAAAUUGGACAAGUACCUUGGCAAUCAAAAUAUAAUUAA